GUCGGGCGCCGGGCUGCUCACCUAGCAUAGAGGAUAGCAGUGAGUACUGUCGUCUGGCUUUCCUCCUUUCCUGGAGGCUGCGGCCAGGAUGGGACGGAAGGUGACCGUGGCCACCUGUGCGCUCAACCAGUGGGCUCUGGACUUCGACGGCAAUUUGCAAAGGAUUUUAAAGAGUAUUGAAAUUGCCAAAAGCAAAGGAGCAAGAUACAGGCUUGGACCAGAGUUGGAAAUAUGUGGCUACGGAUGCUGGGAUCAUUACUACGAGUCAGACACCCUCUUGCAUUCGUUUCAAGUCCUGGCUGCCCUUCUGGACUCUCCUGUCACUCAGGACAUCAUCUGUGAUGUAGGGAUGCCUGUGAUGCACCGGAAUGUCCGCUACAAUUGCAGAGUGAUAUUUCUCAACAGGAGGAUUCUUCUCAUCAGACCCAAGAUGGCCUUGGCAAAUGAAGGCAACUAUCGCGAGCUACGCUGGUUUACCCCAUGGUUCAGGAGGCGGCAGGUAGAGGAGUAUUUUCUCCCUCGGAUGAUACAAGACCUGACAAAGCAGGAAACAGUACCCUUUGGAGAUGCAGUGCUGGCGACCCAGGACACCUGCAUUGGGAGUGAGAUCUGUGAGGAGCUCUGGACACCCCACAGCCCCCACAUCGACAUGGGCCUGGACGGUGUGGAGAUCAUGACCAACGCCUCAGGCAGUCACCACAUGCUGCGCAAAGCCCAUGCCAGGGUAGAUCUUGUGACCAUGGCCACCACCAAGAACGGGGGAAUUUACCUGCUGGCCAACCAGAAGGGCUGUGACGGGGACCGGCUCUACUACGACGGCUGUGCCAUGAUAGCAAUGAACGGGAGUAUCUUUGCUCAGGGGUCCCAGUUUUCUCUGGAUGAUGUGGAAGUCCUGACAGCCACGUUGGAUUUGGAGGAUGUCAGGAGCUACAGGGCAGAGAUUUCAUCUCGAAACCUGGCGGCCAGCAGGGUGAGCCCCUACCCCCGAGUGAAGGUGGACUUUGCCCUCUCAUGCCACGAGGACCUGCUGGAGCCGAUCUCUGAGCCCGUCGAGUGGAAAUACCACAGUCCCGAGGAGGAGAUAAGCCUGGGACCUGCCUGCUGGCUCUGGGACUUUUUAAGACGAAGCAAACAGGCAGGCUUUUUCCUGCCCCUGAGUGGUGGGGUGGACAGCGCGGCCACCGCCUGCCUUGUGUACUCCAUGUGCUACCAGGUCUGCCUGGCUGUGAAGAGCGGCAAUCAGGAAGUGCUGGCUGAUGUCCGAACCAUCGUAAAUGAGAUCAGCUAUACCCCCGAUGACCCCCGAGAACUCUGUGGGCGCAUACUGACAACCUGCUACAUGGCCAGCAAGAACUCCUCCCAGGAGACAUGCAACAGGGCCAAAGAGUUGGCCCAGCAAAUCGGAAGCCACCACAUCGGUCUCAACAUUGACCCAGCUGUGAAGGCCAUCGUGGGUAUCUUUAGCCUGGUUACGGGGAAAAGCCCCCAGUUUGCGGCCCACGGAGGAAGCAGCAGGGAAAACCUGGCGUUGCAGAAUGUGCAGGCUCGGAUAAGGAUGGUCCUGGCCUACCUGUUUGCUCAGCUGAGCCUUUGGUCUCGGGGCGCCUGCGGUGGGCUCCUUGUGCUGGGAUCCGCCAACGUGGAUGAGAGUCUCCUCGGCUACCUGACCAAGUACGACUGCUCUAGUGCGGACAUCAACCCCAUAGGCGGGAUUAGCAAGACGGACCUGAGAGCCUUUGUCCAGCUGUGUGUCGAGCACUUCCAGCUUCCUGCCCUCCAGGGCAUCCUGUCCGCACCGGCCACCGCAGAGCUGGAGCCCUUGGCCAACGGACAGGUGUCCCAGACGGAUGAGGAAGAUAUGGGGAUGACCUACACGGAGCUCUCGGUCUAUGGGAGACUCCGGAAGGUUGCCAAGGCGGGGCCCUACAGCAUGUUCUGCAAACUCCUUACCAUGUGGAGAGACAUCUGCACUCCACGACAGGUGGCUGACAAAGUAAAGGGGUUUUUCUCCAAGUAUUCCAUGAACAGACACAAGAUGACCACACUCACCCCCGCAUACCACGCUGAGAACUACAGCCCCGAUGACAACAGGUUUGACCUGCGGCCGUUUCUGUACCACACUGGCUGGCCGUGGCAGUUUCGGUGCAUAGACAACCAGGUUCUCCAGCUUGAGAAGACAGAGCAACAGCACCAGGCUGUGGACUGAGGGUCAGUCCUCUUCGGAGGUCCCUCUCCUUGAGGACUCCAGCAUCACAUCGUCGGUGACACUGGUAGCCACAGGGAGGACCUGUCCCAGUCCUACCUGGAGCAGCAUAUCCAACAAGUUUGGUUUUACAUUUCUAGGGAAAGGGAUCUUUUCAUCCUAAUUCCUUGGGAAGAGGCUGUAAUAAAUCUGGUGUAAUCUCAGCCCCCUGCGCUGCGUGUGCU